UGGCUUCAGUCUUGUUUGCUUGCUUGUCUUGAAAGCAUCGGUUGCGGAAUUUGUGCAUUUAGUGCGUUGAUUUGUGCAACGGUUGUGAAUUCUUGUGCAACGGAUAUAUUCUAAAAAAAAGUGCCUUUAUCAAGCUAAACAGCGAAGAACUUGUUAUCGAAGAAACGACAAACAAUUUACGUAGGAGUUAUUCUUCAAGUGCGUACCCCACAGUGCCUAGUGUCGUUUAUUUGUCUGUAUGUAAAGUAGUAGUGUGUCUCGUUUGAAGUGUCCAGUGAGUGCUUGAUCCAGGCUGUGGCGGUAGAACCGAAACCGAACCGAAAGUGUGCGUGGUGCUCCUGAAAAAGGGAUAAAAAUUCCUGAGAGUGUGAUCUCGUGUGACUCGUAAAACGCAGCUUGUAAAGUUCAAAUCCAGUUCUCUGGGCAAGCAAGAUCCGGAGAGUGAAACGAAUCCGAGCGGCAUAAAUUAGCAUCGCCGUCCCCGCAACCAACGAAACAGUCGCAGUCAAUUCGCAGCGAGGGCCCCGAGAGUUCUCUGCGUGUUUUCAAGAUUCUUCCACCUAACUAGGAGCAUUUAGCAAAAAAUCAGAUAUGGCAAAUUUGAUCACAGUUCGUCUGCAGCGAAACGAAGGUCAGCCGUGGGGAUUCCGUCUUCAGGGUGGCAAAGAUUUCUCCUCGCCGCUGGUGCUGCAACGGGUAAAUGGCGGCAGCGUUGCCGAUCAGGCCGGUCUCAUGCCAGGUGAUGCCUUGGUCAAGGUCAACAACACCGAUGUGUUCAAUCUGCGUCACAAAGAAGCCCAAGAUGUCAUCAUGGCUGCAGGAAACUCCUUCGAACUAUCAGUUUCUAGAGGAACCGCCUGGAGGCCAUCGGUAACUCCAACUGGAUCGAUCCCGUCCCCAUCGCCAUCCAUGCCCGGACACAUCACACCAGUAACCAAAACCUCGCUAGCUGCCACUCCACAGCCGGCGCAACACAUUGGCAGUGGUCACAAUCAGGCUGCUAAGCCGUUUCCAUCUCAACAGCCCCAGGAACAGGUCAACGGAAGCGAGGGUCCCAUCAAGAGCAUCGUCAACAAGCAGUACAACACCCCGGUCGCCAUGUACAGCGAUGAGACCAUCGCCGAAACCCUGUCCUCUCAGGCUGAGGUCCUCGCUGGAGGUGUUCUAGGUGUCAACUUCAAGAAGAACGAGCGCGUCUAUUCGCCGGCCAACUCCGAGGUGUACAAGCUGCUGCACGAGCAGGGCGAUGAACCCGAACCAGCCCAUCACCACCACCACCACCAACAACAACAGCAGCAACACCAUCAGCAGCAACAACACCACCAGCAACAUCAACUGCAACAGCAGCAGCAACAGCAGCAUGUUCAACAUCACUACCACCAACAACAACAACAGCAACAAUAUCAACAGCAACAACACCAACAGCAGCCCACCAAUGUCGUUACAAAGCAUGUCAGUGCCCCGGUCGACAAACCACCAUCGGCUACCAAUGGUCUUCCGGCUGGUCAGAACAUUUGCGCCUCUUGUGAUCGUCUCAUUGUCGGCGUGUUCGUGCGCAUCAAGGACAAGAACCUGCACGCCGAUUGCUUCAAGUGCGCCACCUGUGGAUCGUCGCUCAAGAACCAGGGAUACUUCAACCUGAACGACAAGUUGUACUGCGACAUCCACGCCCGGCUGGCGGCUCUCCAGAGUCCGCCUCCUGGCACCAACGGAAUGGUCCCGGUCACGAUCACCAAACCCGGUCAAAAGUCUGGAGUCCAAGCCAUCUCCGCAGCCCUCAACGCCCAUGCCAAUCUGAACGGUCGCUCGCACUCUCCGUAUGCCACCAACCACCCGCCACCCCCACCACUGCCGUCGUCAGCAACAACCACAACGACAACGGCGACGAUCACACUGAACGGCGGUAUCGGAAGCAGCUCAACCAGCAGCACUCAGUCUCCGUCACACUCCCGAUCGAGCAGUACGACAUCGUCGAGCGGGUACUGCAACUCGAGUUCCCUCUCGCCGGUUCAAUCGAACAAAGUGUCCCCGCUGCAUUCGCGCACCAGCAGUGAAAACGAACUGAUCCUCGACCCUUCGACCACCGCAACGAAAUUGUACGGUGUGCAGCAGCCGUUCAGUGAAUUCAGCUAUCUGCCUCCACCACCGCCCUCGCUAUUGGCAGGAUUAUCGCCGACUUCUCCAGUACGCAGCAGUAUGGAGAAUCCAGAAGCAGUUGAACAGCAGCAAACGCAGCAGCUUCCAGUUGAGGCAGCCGAUCCGGGUUCGUUUGGUCCCAACGGGCUGGCCGUAGCUCAGGAUGGCUCUGCCGACUCAACGGAUGCUGUUACGCAAAACGACUAUGGAUUCUUCUACAAAACCAUGGGAGGUGCCGUCAUCAGGAGUGUAUUCCCACCUGGAGCAAGCGGCCGUUAUAAGAACCAGAGCAACAUUACUCCGAAGCCAUUCGGUGCUUCGCUGCCAAUGAGCAACCUGUCCCAGGUGCAGCCACCAGCUUCCUUCCCACCGGUAGCCGGUAGUGUACCAACUCCAUUCGCUGCUGCCAUCACCAGUCAGGCUCCAGCUCCGGCCCCAGCUCCAGCACCAAUGGCCGCAGCACCGGCUACCCAACCGGCUGUCUAUCCACCGGUGGUCGCUCCUGCUCCCGCCCCCGUUGCCGCCGCUCCGGCUGCUGUGCCAACUCAACAAGGUGACCUAUCAGAUUACGAGGAGGAGGAGGAGGAAGAAGAAGAACAGGUACAAAAACCAGCCGAAUCUCCUGCACCCUUAUUCACCUGGCCUCCUAAGCGCCCCGACGAUGAAAUAAUUCCUCUCGCCACCCCUAUCUAUAUCCCGGUCCCGGAAACGCAGAAAGUGGUCGUGAAACCGGUUGCCCCACCUCCGGAAAGGCCACGAGAGAAAAGUAAAAGCAAAUCACCACCGGAAGCACAGAAGCAACAACAACAACAGCAGCAGCAGCAACCUCCACCACAAGAGGAAGAAGAAGAGAAACAGUUUAUCAAGAGUGUACAAAGCAAAUCUGCACCAGAAUUGAGUAGAAGGCGAAGCGACGUCCAACAACAACAACAGCAAUGCCAGGAGGAAGAGAGUUACGAGACUUACACGACGACAACCACUUCAACCUCAGCUUCUUCCGAGGAAUAUCAAAUGUAUUCGACUCAAACAUCCCAACCCAUUGUUACGCUCUACGAUACACCGGUCAUGGAGAUGGAUUAUCCAUUCUCUUCCGGUCAACGUAGUGCUCAGGCAAGUACUGGUGCCAUGUCAGACGCUUCGUACACUCAUUUCGUUUUCCGCGAUCCUCCGAUGGAGGUGAAUUCGGUUGAACCCUCGGUUGAACCUUCCAUCGAACCAGAGCCGGAACGGGCGAAAUCCCCCGAAGUGGUCAAGCCGCAGAAGCGAGUGGAAUUUGUUGACUAUAGCCAAGAGCUGGAGCGGUACCUGAGGGCAGAGCAAGCUGCUCGGGAAGCUGCCGAAAAGCAAAACCAAGUGGAGAUUGAGGAAGUAACCGAAGAAUUCACGAUACCACACUACGAGUUACCCGUCAUAAAAUCACCCAAUCCUAUGCCUAGUCUUCCCAAACCGAUCGUUCCCAAUCCAGUACCCAAACAGUGGCAGAGUAAACUGGUUCAGGCCUUGUGUACUGCACCGAAGGAACCGAUUCGUCUAACCGCAGAGCAAAUUGAGGAGGCAAACUUCAUGAAAUCACGAAACGAAGCAUACGUUCGCGAGCAACAUGAAAAUAAAAUGAGGCAACUAGAGGCCUUGAAACGACAAGUUGACGCUCUGGAACGCCGAUUGGAUAAGAAGAAGCCUGAACCAGAACCUGAGCCGCAACCUUUCCCUCCUCUCGACAUUCCUCGCAAAGGUUCCGUGAUGGCCAGGAUACUUGCCUCAUCCACAACCAAAUCCGAACGAUUCCCCAAAUAUCUCCCAGCUCCGGUUAUACCUCUUCCCGAGGAUUCCGCACCGUAUUUCCCACCUCCUCACUCGAUGGAACCGAUUCGCAGUGAGAAAAUUUCAUCCUUUCGCGCAUCACCAUUCUUGGAAGCGUUAACUACAGCUCCUUAUACUCCGUUUCAGAAAUUUGGCACAGAAAUACCUUCACAGAUGGAAAACAUGCCAGUGCCUUCCGGUCGACUGUCGAUGACUGAGGCGCUGGCAACCGCACCUGAACGGCCCUAUACACCGUUCACCGAAGUUCAACUAGAGCGAUCGGAAAUGUAUGAGAAGCUGCUCAGAGAGCAACCCUCGAUUCAAGUCGAUCCUGAAAAGAACUAUUCGGCGUUUGCCAGCGUCGGUGGAAAUCGAACUCCGGUGCCAUUCAAACCAAUCAUACCGGAAAUACGAGAACCAGAAGAACAACCGGCCCCGGAGCCAGAACCAGAACCCGAACCAGAACCAGUUAUAGAGGAGAAAAAACCAGAACCUGAGAAGCCGAAAAAGAAACUUCCUCCUUAUCCAAGGAAGGAUGCGGGAUCCGACCACUAUUCGCUGGCACCAAGAAGAGAAAGCAAGUCUCCAUUACAUCAACCAGCUGAAAUUCCCAAUUAUCAACGAAAGUGGUACAACCUACCGACUCAGAAUCCACCUUACACCCCUGAACCGGAAGAACUUCGUCAGAAUGUCCCGUUGGCAUUUGUAGAUACUCAUUCAAAAUCUCAUCUCGCAAAACCUAUCGCGCAAACUGUAAACACUGUAAAUAUUAGAGAUCAAGUUACUCUGAAAAAGUCACAACCGUUCACUACCAUUCAAAAUCGUACCAUCCCAGUCAUACAGACGACCCUGGAGGAUGAUGCCGAGUUGGCACAGUAUAACAAUGCCCAUAUCCGUCUCCAAGCCAAGGGCGUCGUUGAUCGCGGUCAGUCCUUCACUCCGUCGAUGAUCUUAACCAAACACCCGACGACUAUUCCGUACUACCAGCAUCAGCUAGGUUUUGAGGAAUAUUUCGCCGAGACAAAGUCGUUUGAUGGUCGUCAUACGCCCAUCAAACCGGCUAGAAAGUCACCUGCUUUUGGGCCACCACCGAAUCCACUGAAGGCAUUCGUUCCACCACCACGUGACGACAUCCCGAACGAGUCGGGUCUCUAUCUUUCUAUGGGUAAGCUAACAGGUGUUCCUUGGUACGCACAUAAAGACCAUGUUCCUGCAGAUAUCCAGGAGAAGAUGAUUCAACAGCAGCAUGGCAUGGGCGGAGGAUAUGGCGUUUCGAAGCAACAUAAGACCGUUUCUUAUCGCGAGACUCCAGUGACCAUUCAAACUCAGCAGCGUGGUGAAAUGACCGUUCAGACGCGUUCGCAGGAAAGCGCGAUGAGAGAGCAGGCUUCGUCCGUCAGUGCAAGUCAGGUAGGAAAUGCUUUAAUUCAGAAGCGUACUAGAAUCGUAGAAGAGCACGAGCAUUCGCAAUCGGCCAAAGCAGUAGAAAUUUCAAAAUUUUCUUCCAAAAUUAAGGAGGAUGAAGCUCCCCAGAAAGGAUACGUCGCCCAACAGACCAGACGAUUCUCCGGACAAGACGAGGCGUUGAAUAUCCCAUCGCAGUUCCAGCAGCAAGAACCGCAGACAACGCAGCAAACUGAACCUGAACCACAGGUCGUGCAAACCUUCCCCCAACCAAUGUCCCAACCAAAUCCUUCUUCCUUCCCAUCGACAGCUACUUUCCCAGAACCGAUCGUUGAUCGGUUCCCUACCAAGAGUUCACGCAAGCAUAGUGUUCUCCUUCCUAGCACUCAAGCUCGUUCACCAACACCGACCUCUGGUUUCAAAGCUCAAUUCAAUGAGUUCAUGGUCGGCUCAGGAGCACUACCUCCACUGACAACACAGCGUGAGGAGCCCGAGCAAGAACUAGUACAAUCGUGGCCUCCACAGCUACCAUCUUUCAUCCCUAAUACUAACCCAACCACUGAAGUGCGACCGUCGCAAGCUGUGGCUCCUCCGGCACCAGCAGUAGUGCCUUCGGCUACCACCAAUGGACGUAGACCCUCCAAUAACAGCAUUACAGGCUUCAGUAAUAACAGCAGUAACAGCAAUCUUAUGAGUAGUCAAAACAAUCAUACUGAUCGAUCUGGUGCUAGUGCAGGUUCCAGCGCAUUCAACAGGGGACGUGCAGCCUGUUCGACAACCGCCCCAACUCGCGGUCGCGGUAUUAUGAACCAGGCCGUUGCUCCCGGUGGACGUAUUCCAUUGUGUGGCUGCUGCAGUCAGCAAAUCAGAGGUCCAUUCAUCACCGCCCUCGGCCGCAUCUGGUGCCCGGACCACUUCAUCUGCCACAACGGCAACUGCAAACGCCCGCUGGCCGACAUCGGAUUCGUAGAGGAGAAGGGUGAUCUGUACUGCGAGUACUGUUUCGAGGAGUUCUUGGCCCCUGUCUGCAGCAAGUGCAACACCAGAGUGAAGGGUGACUGCCUGAACGCCAUCGGCAAGCAGUUCCAUCCGGAGUGCUUCAAGUGUGCCUACUGCGGCAAACUGUUCGGCAACAGCCCGUUCUUCCUGGAGGAGGGCGAUCCCUACUGCGAAGCUGACUGGAACGAGCUGUUCACGACCAAGUGCUUCGCCUGCGGAUUCCCCGUCGAAGCCGGUGACAAGUGGGUGGAGGCCCUGAACAACAACUACCACAGUCAGUGCUUCAACUGCACUAGCUGCAAGAAGAACCUCGAGGGACAGAGCUUCUUCGCGAAAGGAGGCCGACCAUUCUGCAAGAACCACGCUCGCUAAGCUUGGAGCCGCUCGCUACGCCGAAGCCAGGAUUCUAAAACAAAGGGUCAACUUCUAUUAGGUUUUGUUUUCCUGUUGCACAUAACAACUUUAAACUUUUAACUGAAAUUACGCUCCAGAUAGUCGAAAGGACAGCAAUUUCACGAGAGCAGUUUGUAAUUAAUCAUUAACAAAUUUGAAGCCAAAAAUAUUUACAUCCAGAAACGAUCAUCCCACACGACCACCAUAUUUCUACCAUUGUAUUGGUUAACUGUAUCCAAAUCAAAAGUCCUUAGUGUUCAUUACUCAUCUUUUGAGAAGGUGUUUUUGAUUGACAAAAGCGAAGCAUCAUUUUUACUGCAAACAAACUCGACUAACAGUGGCGCUUUCGGAUGUCGUCAUGAUUGACUAAUAAUGAACAAGUGUGUUGAGUGUGCGAAUGUGUUGAGGGAGUUCAAGAGACAGAGAGAUAGAGAGAGGAGAACACCAUCGCCGAAAGCUCGUUACAUAUAAUUUUCCCAUAAAAUGCAUCUUCACCGCCGCAUGGAAAAGCUCACGCUAUGUGGCGCUGCCAGCAGUUGAAAGAGAGCUUGCCAGCGAGCGAGAAAUAUUUCUCAUUGCUUCGUUUUCGCCUCACGUUCAUCAGUUUGUUGUGGUGUGCUUUCGUUAGGAGGGACCAGCGGAAACUUUACAAGCUAUAAGAUUUUCUGUUCUGUGUGUGAAGAAAAUCUUUUUUAGUUUGCUUACGCGGGGAAAACGAGUUGCGGGCAAGAGUGUAUUCGAGGAGGCGAAUGGCGGACAACAGCAAAUAGAUUUAGUUAUAUUUUCUGUUACUUAAGCUACGCUGAUCAUGAAAAAUGUGUAGAUAGAGAAAUUAUUUAGCACGGAAAGUUUGUUACUUUAAACAAUUGAUGAAACAGAAUGAUAAAAGAGAAAGGAAAUAUUUACAUUAGGUCAUAAUUCUUAGAAGAAAGCAACCAUGCAAAAAAAAAACUACAUUAGUCUCGCGAAAUGAUUCUUGGUUAAACCGCUAGGCAGAAACGAAUCAGUAAGCAAAAUUGUCCCAAAAAAAAUGUUUGUGUGUGAUAAAUUAUAAGAAGAAAUGUUUUUAUUUAAUCCAUAUUUAAGUUGAAAAAUUCGCUGUUGAAACAAAAAUUGUAGUUAAAAGCAUGGUAAGAAAGCAAGACAGAAAAGCUGUUAGCAAGCAGAGCAAUUAUUUAAAUAGAAGAGCGAAUAACGCUGGCAAUGUUAAAAAAAUAUGACGCUUUAUUUUUGCUAUUAUUGAUUACUGAAGCAUGUAAGCAAGUAAGGAGAAAAUUGUUGUAUAAACGUACGAGAAGAAGCAGAAAGACGAUUAAGAUAAACGUAUCUUAUGUUGUAUGGAAA